AUGUUGGAGGCGAGUACCUAUGAUGAUCAGACGAAGGGUCAUGAGAACGCGCUUUACCUUUUAGCCAAGGCAGGCAACGAAAGAGCAGCCAUCCACGUCCCGACAUGCCAGCCCAGACUCAGGGACAGAAGGGGCGGCCUCCAGCUGGUGACGAUGCUGGGCACCACAAAGAGCAGGGACCCUGUUGAGAGAGAGAAAGAGGGGCUACCCGGUGGUAGCUGCCCUGUCUGGCUGGGCAUCGAGGAAGCAAGUGCAGGAGCGAGAGCGGCAAGCAAGGAGCAGGGGCCAGUCUGGGCCCAGUGCCAGCUUCCAUCAUCAGAGGGGGAAAGUGGACCAGGAGGGGGCGAGGUCCAAACGUCAUCGCCUGCGGAUUUGAAGAGCUCGUGCCAGGAGUGGGGAGAACUGUGGCUGUGCUCCAACCAGCAGCAUGGAAGGAAGCCCCGCUAA